AUGGCGUACUCGUCGCGACCACCUUCCAUGCUUCCUGGGGGAUUCCGUCAGCCCCAACCAUCCUCAGCUCUGACCACGCGCAUUGCCGCCAAAAAAGCAGAGUUGGAGAAUCUCCGCCAGCUCCGUGAUCUGAGCGGGACCCUUGCCAUGCAAAUGCAAGCGCUGGAGAGCAAGAUUGCUACGUUGAAAGAUGGCACUGAAGCCGUUGCAUGCGUUCUUGCCAAUUGGGACAAUGUGCUCCGCGCCAUCAGUCUAGCCUCCAAGAAAGCUGGUGGGCUUGACCCGGAUCAAGCCGAGGACCCGGGUGACUCUGGUUUGCCAGCCACCUUGGUUCGCAUCCCAGACCAGGGUGAAUGA